GCGGGCGGGGGCGACGACUCCCUGGCCCUUGGCCUGAUCGCGGAGGAGUUCAAGGUCUUCGGCAUGCUCCCCGCCGAGCCCGGCGGCACCGGCUCCUGGCGCUUCGCCGCCCACGGGGCCAACAGGAUCGACCUGCCGCAUGGCGUUGGCGGCCUGGAACCCUUGUUCGCCUCCAUCAACGAGAUCAUUGCGGCCGUCGUCGCCACCGACGUGAUCACGCUGGCCUCGCAGCGGCCAGAGGCCGCUCCGGCGGACGAGGAGCGGGAGAGGUUCGGGCGGCUGUGGUGGCGCCAG